GGAAGUGAUACAUAAAACAAACAUGGCGGCUGGGUGAAACAUCCACAGUUUAUCUUCGGUUUCUUUUCACGAAAUGGGCUCUAGAUUGAGGUAUGAUGCUAAUAUUAUAGCGUUUUGGGAGUAAGUCGAGAUAGUAAUACAUCUUUCGUUCAUCCUAGGCCAUCUCCAGAAAAGAUUUUUGAGUGUUUCUUAGAAGUCACUGCUCCUAUCCCAACCGGUGGAGGUAAGAUUGUCUUACUUUAUCGUUUGAUUGUGCAGAAAGUUGUCCGAUUCUCACGAAUAAACUAUUUAACGCUGGAAACCCUUGGUAUAAUAUUUCUUCUGAGACUUCAAGUUGUGAUUCGCAAUGGAAGUUAUUAUUCCUUAAAAGUACUAGUUUCAUGCAUAUGUUAAAAUAUUUAGCUCACGUGUAAUAGCUGAGAAAUGGGCAACUACGUUGAAAUCAGCAUACUUUGAGCCUCAAACAUUUCGCUUAGUUUGGAACCACGUAAUUAUCUGUACGUUUAGAGCUGAUAUCGUCGUGACAUGAUCAGUUUUAUUAAUUUUUUAGCGUCCUUUUUUAGUGUUUUUGUUCGUAAGCGUAUGAUGAAUGAAAAUUAAGCUUACUUAAUCUAAUUUCCUCUUAUGCAUAAAUUUUCGAAUAAAACUAAUGUGCGCAAAUAACAGGUUAUUUCAAGUUAAAAUCUAGAUUGUUUAUGAUAUGAUGUUUCCCCUCUUAACAAUUUAGUAUUAUAUGUUUACAUUGCCCUGGACCAGUUGUUGAACUUCCAUUGUUUAAACCGACUAUAAAAUAUUUCAUUUCCGUACACUGCUUGUAUGGCUUUGUUUGUGUUUAGUGUAAUUCAUUCUUGUGAUUCGUACCUGUAGAAUUAAAUGUUUUGGUAAUAUCUUGCAGGUGUAUUGAGUGCACCUGUAUUUUCAAGAUUACAUGUUCAUCAGUGCUAGCAUAAUUGUAUAAAAGUGCCGGCUAAUGCCAGUACAAUGUGCAUGCAGUUAAAUUACUGAACAACAGUAUUCCCUUUUUCUGUCCACAUCUACAUUAUUAUUAAUUUAUUUGGCAAAGGUUGCCUUUAUGCCAUGAGGAGGGCUGGAUCCUCUUCCCUGAGAGAGAAAAAUAAUUAAUUACAUGAUUGAAAAAGAAUCAAAAUUAAUGCAAUACAUGAAUGCAAGUCAGAGAAGAAUUAUUGAUAUAUAGCACAUUGUAUAUGUUGUGGUUCAAUAAAUUUUAUCCUUGGUUUACAUUUUAUUUCUCUUUGUUUUAAACUCAUUAUCAUACAUUACGAUACCCCAAAGUAAAGGGAAAUAAAAUUAUGUAAGCCUCCAGUGUGCUAUUUAUAUACAGGAAACCAUCCACAAAAUGAUUUCAACAGAAAAUUUUGAUAUGUUUAAUUAUACUUAAACUGUACUUGAGUUUGUUGAAAUAAAGAAAAUGUAGCUUGAAAAUUGUGACAUCAGUGUUGGUAAGUUGUCACUUAAUAAACUCAGUUGAAUCACCAUUAACUAACCGUCCUUUCUUGGGGGUGGUGGGGGGUACCUGCAAGACCAUGCAGUCAAGUAGCUCAUCAUAAAAAGGACAAUUUUUAGAACAGACACUUCACUGCCUUGUCUGGGGGGCUAUGUAUGUCACUAGUCUGAUUUUUAAAACCUCUUGUUUCGUGUAUUGAGCAGCCGGGGAGCCAUGUCAUUGUAGUAGUUUGCUGUUGCAUUUAUCUGUUGUUUUGUGGAUAAUUUCAGCAGGAAGCCAUGUCGCUCUCAGUUUUUUGCUAUUAGUUGUGCUUUUCUUUGUUGCGGUUGCUGUUUCAACCCAUCUUGUUUUGCUUGUCACCAUUUCUGCUGUCCUAUAUAGGAUUUACCCUAACAUUGGACCUCCUUAAUGGAGGUUCGACUGCAGUAUGAAACAGUAUACAUGAUUUGAUGUUUAAAGUCCAUAAAUUUAAAAUAAAAAAGGGUUUUUGUAAAUUAGGACUUACGCUAUAUCCUGGCUUGUGUUUCAUUUGUGUGUGUAAUUGUAUUUUUUGGUUAUAUGAUUUAGGAAGUAUCCCUUUUCUUCCAGGUCCAGAGAUCAAGUUCAUUCAUCCCACAGAUUUUGAUGAAAAAGUAAGUACAGUAUACAUGUAUAAUGCAUAUGCAUGAGCGUAUAAGUUAAAAUGUGUUUUAAGUUUAGUUUUGAGUACCAGAGUACCUUAUAGCACAGUCAGUUAGUGCGCUGACUUAUUAACAUAGAGUAUUUGACCUUGUUGAGGGUCUAGAAUUUCAUGACUUAGUGACAUAGCUGUCUCAAUCUCGGGCUUUUUCAUGGCUUUUUCCCCUUUACACCCUUCUGUUGGGCAUUUUCCUAAGCUUUAUAGGUUUCUGUGAGACAGGUGCAGUAUUUCUAGUAUGAUUAAGCUCUGAUUGUAUGUGGUAUAUUUUACUUUUGUUCUGUCAUGUUGUUGUGACUUAUGGUAAGGUUAUUCUCUGAAUUUUGUUCUUGUAGGAAGCAUUGAAGGCAAUUCCUCAGUUCUGUUAUCCAUGUGUCACAAACUCGUAAGUAAACCUAUCUUUUACUGCAUGUUUGUAACCAUGUAUGUAGUUGGUCUGUUUAUUUGUCAUGACUUGACCCAACCACAAAUACAAAUGCAGUAUCCAAUACCAAGUGGCUGAGUGAUACAUGCACUGGACUUCAAAACUCUGCUGUGAUCACCGCCUGGAUUAUUCUAUUUUUUUUUUGCAUCCUGCAUGAGCUAUUAGGAAAAAAGAAUGGUCUAAAUUCUGAAAGAAGUUGGGAUUAUUUUUUUCUUACAGGGAAGCCGUCCAGCAUUACACAUUUGUGCUUACUGACAUUGAAGGGAAAUACAGAUUUGGCUUUUGUCGUUAUUCCCCUGAUGUUAAGACCUGCCUUUGCAUUUUGAGGUAAUUAGCUAUCAUCAUAGGGGUCGCUGGAAAGGUGCCAAUUCUUUCUUGCUCUUAUUUUCAAUUUAUUUAUAAAUUGAGGCAAGUAAAUUGGUUUUAUAAAGCACAUUGCCAAAACAAAAUCCCCAAUUUUCUUUUUUCAGCUAUUUGCCAUGGUUUAAGAUUUUCUAUGAGCUUUUAAACAGGAUAUCAGACUUAAAGAGGGCCAAAGAGGUGAGUAAUGUUGUGUUUAAGUGAUAAACUACCAUAUGCUGUUUAACAAAUCAGGAGGUCAGUUUUUAAUCCUGAUAAUACACGACUGGGAGUUUUUUGAAAAGCUUCAAAAUCACUGAUAUAGAUCAAGUCAUUGUUGCACUAAUUUGGGGUUAUUUUGGUCCAAAAAAUUGGAUGUAAAGUUUAAUAGCAGUGUCCUUAUCAGAUACAAAAACACUCAUUAAGCAUUAAUUUGUUGUUGUUGUUUUGUUUCUUUAUGAAUUAUGAGCAUUUGAAUUUCCAUUAAAAGAUUUACAAUGUUACCAGUAAGGCCAGGUGUGUGGGUUGUGUUAUAAGAAUUAAUCUGUAAGCAAAGUAUUAUUUCAUAGUAGCAGCCGACAUUUAUUUAGGACCUCUACAGUCAACCACAGUGCUCAGGGUUUGCACUGGCCCAUAGAGCAGUGGGUUGUGGGUUUAAUCCAUGAGGAUGGACCAAUACUCAGUAUCAAGUUACUCUUAAAAUAUUUGAGGAAGUCAAGUGGCAGUUCUUCUUUUACCGACUUUGCCCUUCUAGUACUUAUGACAGGACCUUUGCUCUGUGAUACCUUGUCGUCAAUACUUAAUUUCACGUACUUAAUUUUGCAAUUUUGGCAAAACAGUAUUUUGCAAGGUUUUAUUUUCACUAUUUCAACAGGCAAUUUAAUAAUUAUGACAAAGGGCAUUAAAUUUCAAUUUUUAAGCUUUCUCAAUGUCAUUUUAUUUUUCAAAAGAGUCUAAACCUCUUAAAAUAUAAACUGGGACAAGCAAUGUUGUGAAUUCUUUGUGAGUUGAUGUUUAUUUUCACAGCUGAAGGAAAAAAAAUUGGAGCUUGCCUAAAAAAUCAGUUAGCAAUUUGACAUACAGGUGUAUUUGACAAUACAAUGUGUACAUGUAUCCUGUAUGUGUUGUUGCUAUUAUACAUGAUAAUUAUAUUUUUCAGUGAUUUGAAUAGUAUAGAAUUAUUCUAUAUUACAUGGUUAUUAAAUUUCACAAGGUUUUAUUUUGGUGGCUCUUAAAUUUCACAAUUUUUUUACAAUCACAAAAAAAUUGAAAUUAAAGACCCGUGAAAUUAAGUACCAACAAGGUACGCAUAACUUGAUUGUUUUGUUGGUGUUCUUCUAGUAGUAUUCUUUGUAUUAAUUGCAUGAUUUCACAGUUCCAUCCCUUCUAAUUAGUUUGAAAGCCAAAAGUUGUGGUUUACUUCUCUGGCUGUUUUAAAGUAACCUAUAUGUGUGUGUGUGUGGUUUUUUUUGCAGGAUAAUGAAUUUCUUCCUUUGCUGAAUUAUCUUUUAACUCAAUCUCCUCCAAAACCUGGCAGUCCUUUAACAGUGAAAGUCAGUGAAGAAAGUAAGGUGAGUCACAGUGAAAUGCAGUGUACACCAAAGUACAAAUUAUUAAGUAGUUAAUAUGUACGUGAAGAAAAUUUUUACAAUAUAUUUAAUGUUACAUUUUUGUAUAUAUUUUUUUGUUACAUAUUUUUUACUGCCUAAACAUGGCAGGAUUAGCUCAGUUGGUAGAGUGCUUGACUGCAGAGCGGGAGGUUGCAGGUUCGAUUCCCAGGACCGGACCAACACUCAGGGUCUUAAAAACACUGAGAAAUGAAGGUACUUCCUUUGCCCUGCAAACAGCUAGACCUUCACAUGGCUUGAAUGACCUCGUAAAAAAGUGGUCUCAUCUCACAGGAAAAAAUAACGGAUUCCCAUUUUUGGAUAUUUUUGGGUAUUUAAAGAAUACCCACAAAAAUCCCAAAUUUGGAAGAGUGAGACAAGUCCCAAUCUGGGAACUUGGUUGGGAAUUCCCUGGUUGNUAUUUUUGGGUAUUUAAAGAAUACCCACAAAAAUCCCAAAUUUGGAAGAGUGAGACAAGUCCCAAUCUGGGAACUUGGUUGGGAAUUCCCUGGUUGGGACUUGUCUCACUUUGCCAAAUUUGGGAUUUUUAUGGGUAUUCUUUAAAUACCCAAAAAUAUCCAAAAAUGGGAAUCCGUUAUUUUUUCCUGUGUCUCCAAUAGGGGGCAGAAAAGGUUACUACUGUGGAUCCCUAAUAAGUCCUUUCUUACCAAAUCCAUUGACACUUAAAUAAAGUGCAUGAAGUGCAUUUAAUAUGUGAAACCCUUGAUAUUCUCAUACUGUCUGCUAAGAGGUGGUCAUUAAAAAAUAAUAUUUAUGGUUGUGCGGUCCUGCACCCGCGCACCAUCAGAAGCUCUGUUUUAAAAUGAUGUUAACACUAUAGCAUAUCCCAUACAUUUACAGCAUGAUAUCUCUAUAUUUAACAAACAAUGGGAACAAUAUUGUCAAUGUAGUCUUAUAACAGUGUGUACGAAUUGUCUGAAAUGUUUUGUUUUUUUGUGUAGGAGUUUUCAUUUGUUGUACCAGAUGUAUCAAAAUUACCAAGUAUACCAGAAGAUGUAAGUACUAGUUACAAUCUAUUCAUUAAACCUGUACUGUAUGUAUUUAAUGUUCAUCAUGCAGUUUUAGAGUCACAAAAUUAAAGGUUGUAGCUUUAUAUUAACCUAUUUGCCCUUGGAAAUUUUGCAGAAAAAUGCCAUUUAAGAUUGUCAAGCCAUGUCUGUUCACUAUCCGGCCAAAUGAACCAAAUCCUCUCACAAUGCUUUUUUAUAAGUCAGGCCUUUUGUUCUUGAUAAUAAAUACCAGCAUGCAUGGCGUGCACAUGCAUUCACUAUGAUUAUAAGGCUUCAUCAAUUGAGGAAAGUUUCUGCAAAAAUUUGAGGAUCGUAAAUUUAUGUGAAAGGAAGUAUUAUAUGGGAGGAGGCAUGUGGUGUGACCUGGCUGAGCAGUUAACACCUCCAAUUCGGGAUCUGGAGGUCUGGGAUUCAAGCCUCGCCUGUCGCAUUGUUUCCCUAGACAUGGACCUUUACUCCACUUUGUCUGUCGAUUCACCCAGGUGUAUAAAUCAUAGUUCCCGGUGAUAUACUGCUGGGGGGUAACCAUGCAUUGGAGUAGCAUCCCGUCCAGGUGGGAGUAGGAAUACUCCUAGGCAGAUGCUUUAUGCUAAGGACACUGGGAUAAGCUCGGGCCAUUUAGGCCUUUGGCUCAUGUGCGCCUUUGUACCUUUACCUAUGGUCAAUUCUUGGGGAUUUUGCAAUCAGUUGUAAUGGUCAUAGACUUUGUUAUUACAACAUCACAAGUGGUACAUGGGACAAGGAUCUGCACAUGGGUUAUGAAUGUUUUAGCUGUGAUGGGGUUAAUAGAUUUGUGUAUACAUUGUACAGCAGUGUUCAUAACCUUAAAAAAUAAUGUCAGGCAGGAGUAAUAUGUAAUGUUAUAAAAAAAAUAUAUAUUUAAUGAUAAUAAGGGCUACCCAAUUAUUUGCAUUUUUUGGUGUAAAGGGUCAAGUUUCCACUGUUUAUUUUUAGUAUUAAUGAUACCACCAGUUUUAUCCACCUUGACAAAAGAAAAUUCUUUUCCAUUUAUCAGAGAAAUCUCACUGAUUACUAUGCUGCCGUGGACCCAACAAAUAUGAUCUUAAUUUUUGCCAGGUAAUGGAUGAUUGAAUAGAUAUAUAUAUGUUGCACUUAAUUUUUUAUCUCAGGUAAUUGUUAUUAUUUUUUUGGUUCCCCGCAACUUAGCCUACAUUACCGUACCCAAAAACAAAAGAAAAACAAAAAUUACCUGAUAUUAACUACGACUAUAUUUACAUUAUGUGUAAUGUUGCUAUGCAAGGAAUACUUUACGCCAGUUCACUUUAUUAAUGGAGCAAUAGUCUAGCAGAGUCCUUAACCCAUUCGCUCCUGGGGAUUUUGCCGAAAAACGCAUUUUGAAGCUAGUCGAGUGGUUUUCUGGUCACUGUCGUGCUAUAAAGAGCUAAAACUUACCACAAACCGGUUUACAGGUCGUACACUUGGCGGCCUUCUGAUCCAGAUGCAAAAUAUCAGCUUGCGAAGUUCGGGCAUGCGCAGAAAGCAAAAUUUCGACAUAGUUUUUGGGUUUAAAAGUGACACAGCAGUCUUGACUUUUACUUUUCGCUUUCUCUCCUCCCUUCUUUUUUCGCUUUUCUUGCCUCAUUUUUUUUUUCUCUUGCUGGGCAUUUAGUAGGCUUCAUUUUGGUGGGAAGAGUUUUUAGGAAAGCUUUUAGGAUCUUAGGAUUAGGUGAAAGGAAAGGUAGGUGGGUAAUGGAACAAGAUUUUCAUGGAGAUUUUCAGGUCCUUGUCACGUGGUUUUUUGCUUCUUUCUCCGGUGUCCUUGACUGAAUUGUGGUCAUUCUGGUAUGGUUUGAAAGAUCUCUUCACUCUGCACAAGUUACCGAAGAAAGUUGUCCUUGACCGUUAAAACUGAUGACGUCACAAAGGGUAGAAAGGACCUGGAUCCGCACGGGCGGUUACGGGCGGUUCAGGGGCGAAUGGGUUAAUCAAAAAACCUAAAAAUGGCCUUUUACCAACUUUUUCACCUGAUUUUACUUGAAAUAGACAGAUUUGGUUGUUUUAUGCUGAAAAGUGGAUUUUUUUCAAAAAGCUUGGUACUUUGCUUAACCCAUUCGCUCCUGGAGAUUUUGCCGAAAAACGCGUUUUGAAGCUAGUCGAGUGGUUUUCUGGUCACUGUCGUGCUAUAAAGAGCUAAAACUUACCACAAACCGGUCUACAGGUCGUACACUUGGCGGCCUUCUGAUCCAGAUGCAAAAUAUCAGCUUGCGAAGUUCGGGCAUGCGCAGAAAGCAAAAUUUCGACAUAGUUUUUGGGUUUAAAAGUGACACAGCAGUCUUGACUUUUACUUUUCGCUUUCUCUCUUCCCUUCUUUUUUCGCUUUUCUUGCCUCAUUUUUUUUUUCUCUUGCUGGGCAUUUAGUAGGCUUCAUUUUGGUGGGAAGAGUUUUUAGGAAAGCUUUUAGGAUCUUAGGAUUAGGUGAAAGGAAAGGUAGGUGGGUAAUGGAACAAGAUUUUCAUGGAGAUUUUCAGGUCCUUGUCACGUGGUUUUUUUGCUUCUUUCUCCGGUGUCCUUGACUGAAUUGUGCUCAUUCUGGUAUGGUUUGAAAGAUCUCUUCACUCUGGACAAGUUAGCGAAGAAAGUUGUCCUUGACCGUUAAAACUGAUGACGUCACAAAGGGUAGAAAGGACCUGGAUCCGCACGGGCGGUUACGGGCGGUUCAGGGGCGAAUGGGUUAAAUAAUUGUUAUUAGCUAUUAUGUAGCUGUCAUUAUUUUUUUCUGUAACUUUAAACUUGCUGUAUAAUGUAUAAGCACUGUAGCUGUAUAGCCAGUGACACAGAGUUAAAUUAAAACAUUACAAUGGUUAUGAUGAGCAAGUUGCAACUUGUAUUGUUGACAAUAGUGAGAGUCAAUAUCUUUUCACCUUCAUUAAUGUUUAGCAUGCUGAAUGAACUAGCUUAACCUUGAACUGUGUGGGGUCACUGGUUUUUGGUGCACAUGUAGGUACAGGUUAUUGAAGUGUGUAAGAAUGUUACCCGGUAUUCACUUUAAAAGAGAACUUUAUUGAUAAUCACCUUGAAUGUUUUGAUUGUUUUUUUUUUUUCUCUUUUAAGUAUGUUCUUUGAGAGGAGAAUAAUAGUUACAUCCAAGAAGCUAAAUUUGGUUAGUUUAAAAGACUUCAGUAGUCUCUGCAUUUUUGUUUUCUAAACAUUUUGUAAUAGAAAGCAUUUUCUCUUGCAUUUUAAGGAUGACAAAUCCAAACUUUAAAGAUGAUUUUACUUUGGAAAGAUUAAAGUGAAGAAAACAUUGUUUGAAUUACACAGGCUCACUUCUAUAUGAGGCUUAGUAUUGCAAGCAUUGAACCCUCAUACUGACACCUUUUGUUUAAUAUUGAUGGAUAGCCCUAGAGUUAGACACCUACACCUAGUUCUGGUCACAAUGGCAUUAAUUUUGUCUUUAGAGAUAAGUAACAGCAAUUCAGUAGUCCUGUCCCACUCCCGGCCAUCUUAAAAUUAAUGAUCCUGUACAGUUGUUGUUGUAAUUGUAAUUGCUGUUUUUUUGUCUCAUCUCAGUAUAUUUUUUAUUUUAUUUUAAUUCCAUGGAGAGAAUAAGGCCACUCCUACUGCAUGGGAUAGCCACUGUCCAGCAUGCUCACUGAAAAUCUUUGAUGAUUUUUGUUUCAGUUGACAGCAUGUACUUAUGGAGCAGCUUCUCUGCUGUACCCUAUGCAUUGGUAAGUUUUUAAUCUCACACCACUGUUUUCUUUUCUUCCUUUUUUUUUUCCUGGGCAGGAAUUUGCGCUUUAUCAUCACAUUCUGUAAAGUUAUGUAGAUAAAUAAUGACUCAGCAAUUUAUUUCAGUGUUUGUCAUUUUGAUAACCAAUGGCACAAAUUGCAGGCCCUGGUUGUUCAAACUUUAGGUAGUGCUAUCCAUUGGAUAAAUGACUAUCUAGCUGAUAAGUAUUGGGGACAGAGAUUCAUCCAGUGGAGAGCAUUAUCCUCCUUUUGAACAACUGGGACCAGUGAUUCCACUGAACUUUCCGUAUGUAUAAGGUAAAUUCCUUGCAUCCCAUACAUGUAUGUGUCCUUGAGAGUAAUCUUAUGUUUCUUUUUUUCAUAGGCAGCACAUGUUUGUUCCUAUUGUGCCACCGCAUCUGUUAGACUACUGUUGGUAGGUUUAUCAACUUCUAUGUUACAGCCUUGCUUAUGCACGCUAGAGUAUGUUAUUGCUGGAUUUUUUGCCAUUUGAAACAAUAUGUUAUUAAAUCUUUUGUUGGUGUAUAAAAACGGAUGUGCAACUUUUUGUCACAUCAAUAUAAAAUACUCAAACAUAAAAAUCAAGGAAACGAACUAAAACACUAGCCACCACCAAAUAUUAGCAUCUAUACCCUCUUGGCCUUGGAAGGGAAUUUACACAUGACUCAGGCUGAAAUGUUGUACAUGUAGCAAUGCUUGUUUUAAUGCACUGGCCGUCUUAGGAAGAAUUAUAUAAAAAAUUUAAGCAAAUAUAUAGGAGAUACUAUGCAAGCAGAACUCUUGCUCUUCUAGAUAACCCUUGUUACUUGCAAGUUAUCCUUGUGCAAGGCUGAACAGGUAUUAACAAGUCUAUUAUCACCUUGUAUCUUUUCUUUCAGUGCACCAAUGCCUUUCCUAGUAGGAGUGCAUUCAUCAUUAAUGCCGGUGGGUACACUACACGUAUCUUGUCCUGAACUGAGCUGGAAUGCAGUUUUUUUUUUCACUUUCACAUUUUUCCAAAUACUUCAAUUCAUCAUCAUUGGUCGACUGAAGAGCAAUCAACUGUACGUCUUCUCAUCCAGUUGGCUCAGCUUGGUCUUAGUGCGCACAAUGUCUUCCUCUGAGACUGAAUGCUUAUUGGAGUCGAUCUAUUCCUGGUCUUGAAAUCAUGUUUCCAUUCUUUCUUUUUCAGAAAGUGCGUCAAAUGCCUUUGGAUGAAGUUGUAAUUGUUGAUGCUGAUACAAAUGUGGUGGAGAGUCCAUUUGAUGAUGUCUCUCAGCUGCCAGCUGAUGCUGUAAGUCACUUUUUAAUUCACCAAGUGUAUUCCUGUUUUUGGUAACUUUGAAUUUUGGGACGAAAAAAAUUUUUCGGCCUUAUUUUCGCCCCAGGUUUAGCUCAAAACUUAAGCUCAAAAUCGCUCAGAGCAGGGUUAGUCACCUGGGCCGAGUUGUUCAAAGCUGGGUUAAAAUAACCCAGGGUUAGUGCGAGAUUUGAAUUCAGAUUUGAAAGCUUAAAAAGCAUUUCAGUUUUAAUUUUUCUUGUCUACAAGUUGAUGAUUGGAAGCUCUAAAAAUAACAGAGAAAAUUACCCGAGAAAAUGCUUUUAGACGCAGAAAAAGAAACCUGUGUUAAAUUUAACCGCGAGUUAAGCGCUAAUCGACCUUCGAACAACUGGGCCCAGAACUCAAAUACGGUGACAUUUAUUUCGAUUCGUACAAAUUGCGAUCUGUUGUUGCGCUUAUCCCUUGUAUGCGCCAUGCUUUUAAUGGUAAUCAGUACACAUCUGUACCUCAGUCUCUUGCUAUUUAACGUUGAUGUCAUUUUCUUUAAAUGGCUCUGCGAAUAUUUUUAACUGACCUACGUUGCAUUAUAACAGUUUGAUCAUUAUUGUGCGUCAGUUGAUCACAUGUACGCACUGCGCUAUAUCUGUUUUGCUAAGCUUGAGAUAGCAGAAAAUGCCAGAGCACAAAUUAUUAUUCAACACUAUGACCGAUCUCUUCAAUAUUUACUAGAUUGUUGGCUAAAUGGACAUGAAAUUCAGUGAUUGUUAAGUACGCUGAUUCAAUUGCAGGAAAUAAGUCUACGAAUUUUGAUUUAAUCUCUGUUUGUGAAGCAGCUUUACUAAUAAUAUUAUGACUCACCAUUGUGUCUUACCCUGAUGCAUAUCUGUUUUUCGAAAUCGCACAAAUCUACCUACUUCCAGCGGUUUGGAGAAAGUACACGGGGCGUUUGUGUAAAUGAUGAGUGAUAAAAACUUCCUAGAAACAUUCAAGAAGUAGGAAAUGUCGGUGAAAAAACUCCCGUUUUCAGUUCCGCAUGAAUUGUGCCUUCAAUGUAGGAAUUACAAGAUAUCUCAAACUUCUUAUCGAUGUUUGUAAAACUUCGCUUAGCAGGAAAUAAACUCCCAUAUGUAGCGCACAAAUUCCUAGGGAAAAUGAGAACAAGGGGUAAAAUUCGAUUCAGAUCUAAAUCAAGUGUGACGUUAAAUUUAGUUUAGAGUCCCAUGGUUAGAAGUUAUGAUUUGUGAAUGUUUUUUUUUUUUUUCUUCAUUUCAGGUUUCUACCCUUAAGAGCACUCUCAAGAAACCUGUUUAUCCAAUUGAUGAUAAUAUUUCCAGGGCUUUUUUAUGUGCCAUGGUCUCGCUAAUAGGUGGAUAUAGAGAUGCUUUGAAGCUUAAGCCUGUAAGUUGGUGAUUUAUAUACUCAUGUUUAUUACUGUUUUCGUUGAGUACUAAAAAUCUAUAGACCUGACCGUAAGAGUCGAGAUAUUUUUAGAUAUUCAGAAGUUCCCGGUAAAUGAAGCAAAUGUGUAGAUAUUUAGACGGUGGGAGGCUAUUGAGCUAUGAUUUGAGUUUCUCUUUAACGCUUUUUGAAAUAGUUUUUAAACACCCUGUUCCCAGUGCUUUUCCUGAAUUUUUUCUCCGCGUGAGAACGAGCGAGCCGCGAAACCGGGACGUGAUGCGGCAAAAAACGCGGAGGAUAAGGCGGAGAAUAAUUUUAAGAGAAACCUUUGGGAUAUGCAAGCACUGAUCUAAUUCAACGGAUUUUCGUUUGAAGCAUGUAUCCAAAAUGGUGGAAGCUAAGAGCUGGUACCACCCUGAAUCGACAGAAUCUUUUUCUUCUACUUUUUGUGGUAUCUUUCAGUAAUUCUUCAGUACUGGAUGGUGUGAAAAAAAGGCAUUCCCACGUAGUUAUUUCCCCUAACCGUUUCAAGUUGUUUUUCUUCUUUUUUUAACCAAUGAAAACAUAAUAUGACAUAAAGAGGGUUUUUCAUCAAUUGUUUAUUUUUUUUUUUCGAUACUUUGGUCAGGCCUAAUACUAUGAGGAAGCGAGCCGGAUGGUUCAUGUGUUGUUUCACCGGUUAAAAACUUAACAAUUUUAAGUCUGUUUUAACAGUAAAUCUAUUUGUUUUUGAUUUCGUCUUCUCUGUGUUUUACUUUUCGUAACUUUGUGACUUGUAGUUCACUGUUUUGUUGCAGAUGCACUUUUUAAAAUACUUGACUUUUCUUUUUAAAUGAUAAUUUCAGGGUGAGAAGAUUUUCUUCGACAGAGAUGUGUAAGUGAUCUGUUAUAAUUAUCCUAUAAUGAGUUAUAUUAUAUCUCUGCUGUUUUAAAGUUGUUAUCUGGCCAAGUUUGCUUAUUUUACUGGACGAUCUAGGCUAGGUGCAAACAUUUCAAUUUUGAAUGAAAAAAUUUGAUAAUGGUGCAUAAAGGGCUGUCACAGUUUAUGACAGGAAUACUCUUUAUUUGUUUGCAUGGCUUAUGACGGUUUCACUGUUGCGUCGCAGAUUUGUGCAGUCAAGGUCAAAUAGUAUGAGACAUUUAUUGGAGUUCAUUCUUCAGUUACAGCUCUUUGAACAGGUACAUUUUGUUUUGUUGCAUUUUCUGUUUAUGAGUCGUUGUCAUAAUUCUUUAGCACUCUUCAAUCUUUGAUGAAUUUUUUACGAAAAUAUUGUUUGUAAUAAUGACAUACGAACAUAUGAACCCACAAUUGACCUGCUCCCAACGCCAGUGGCUUCAUAGCUCAGUUGGUAGAGCAUCGCACCGGUAAUCGCGAGGUCACCGGUUCAAACCCCGUUGAGGUCCUGAAUUUUUCUUUUUUUUUCAGGCUUCUUUACGCAAUUGCAUUAAUUGCGUUCACUGCGAUGAUCAUUUCUUCAUUUUCAUUUUAAUGACAAUACUGUUAAUGUUCGGUUUGUGUGUUAAUACUAACGUUUGUCACCUUUGAUGUUGUCUAGUUUAUUGCGGAGAGGUUGGAUAUGUUAAAUGCUGGACGGGGUUUCAACGAUGCCUUUGAAGAACAGAUCGGUUUACAGGCGGAAAGUAAGUGACGACUUGAAACAAAAUUUUAAACUUGUGCACGCUUAUUAUGCAGAUUGGUUGCUUUUGAAAGAAAGUGUGAAAUUAAUUAACGGGAAAAACACUAUUUAUCGAAUAAUGAUUGAUCGAUCGGUUGAUUUGAUUAAUAAUUGAUUAGUCGAUUGAUCUUUUCCUUACACUUAUUUCAUCUUGCAGAUAGAGGCAGUUGGAAAACUCAAUAUCAACUUUGGAUGAAAGAAACAAUGGUAUUAAGAUUAAUAUCUUAAAAAUAACCUCCUAGUUACCAGUUCUGCCAGUUUUUUUCCCGUUAAUUGUUCCCUAGAAGUCAAUCUUGUCGUAAAGCCUUUGUGCCUCUUCAAUCGUUUCUACUUCGUAAUUUGGUGAUUGCACCAUCCAUAACACCAAACUAUAAUGAUUGAUUAAAUAACUUGAAAGUUGGAAGAGUUGUUGUUAGUAGUGUUGUUUUAGGCGUGACAUGAUUUAGCUUGCGUUUAUCAGUGCCUUCAAGACUUAAAAGAUAUAACCAUUCGAUUUUAAUUCUUUACAAAUUAUUUCAUUACCUCCGGUUGUUGUUUGAUUUACAGAAAUCUGGGGGAGCGUUCCUUGAUAAGGUAUGUUUCAACCAAUGUCUUCUUUUCAGCUCUCUUUUUUUAGUUUUGAUUUAAAUCCCUUAUCAAACUUGGAACUAGUGGAAGCUUAUCACGUUGGAGAAGGAGAGAAAAAGAGUCCAAGACGUCUCUCUAAGACAGACCUUGCGAUAUGUUCUCCUGAUAGAAAGUCAAAGCCGGAAUAGCACUAAGCGCGCUAUGACAGGCGGGAUGAAGUCUAGAUUUCCGUUAACAGAGAGUUGCCUUUUAUGCAAAACUUUCACCAGGGCAGAUAAAUGUUGGGCGGUGAAACGAGCGCUCCGCUCUUCAUUUAAUGUGUGAUGCGGAGUAGGACUGGCACGAGCGCUCUUUCCGCGCUUCCGGUGCGCUUGAAGGCUGGCGAAAAUUUCCUUUUUGCAAACCGGAAAUCCUAUUUUCUUUCUGUAAUUUCAGGCUACAAUGUUAAAUAGAUAAUUUCGUUUCGUAACAAUAUCAAUAAACAGUUUCAUUUGUUUGUGUCUGUAUGCCUAUAAGUCAAACUUGUUGGUCGUAUAAUGCCAAAAUUUGAGUUUAAUUUGAAAGUGUUGAAUACCUCCUCCUUCCACUAAAUAUCACCUAGUCGUCUUUCGCCGUUUCGUUUGCAAAAGCUUAACACUUCUUAACCUCAAUUUUUACAUAUGUUAAAGGGGGAUAAAUUUUAUACAACAUAACAAAAAAUUAGAUUGAUAUAUUUUGAUAUAGUGCCGUUGUACUGCUUCAAACUUUGCUUCUCGGGUGCAAGGCGCCAUGGCGAUUCGCGAAAUGCGUCGCAAAUCUGGCAACCGCUUGUAAACAGCAUUUAUUGAGGUUAGUUGUAACGUUUUUUCUCCGUUUUUCUCUCUAAAACAAAACAAGGUAAACAGUAAAAACUGAGGGGAAACUAAUUUUGGAGUUUCGAAGAAACAGAAAGACGUAUGAGAUGUUUUUUUCAAAAUUAAAAAGUAGGAUUAUGGAGAUUGAAAUUAGCAUAAUUUCACCUUGCACGAGCUGCACGCAUUUAUAAAAAUGUAUGAAACACGAUCUGCUGUCUUUUAGUUUUGCCGUGGAUGACAUAGAUGAGAUUAUGCUCGGACGCGCUCGUUUCAACGCCCAACCUUUAUCCGUCCUGACUCUCACCAAUCCCAGUCGCGCCCAGUUGUAGCUUACAAGAAAGUUAAUGUAGCACCGCUUGUUUGUUAUAAGCUUCUGGCUUGUUUAUUCUGCGGUAACCUGUUCUGAUGGUGCUUUCUAGAUGCACUAACAUAUAUAAAGUCGAACUUCCCGUAAGCGACCACCCAAACUGCAAAGACAUCUGCUUUAUGGAAGAUAAGUUGCCUGUAUUGCAUACAAUUUCUAAGUUACGCCAUGUGUAGUUCCAUGUUGUCACUAAAGUUCUCCGUAUCAUGAUUCAAAGUAGCACAGUGCACACUGCGAACAUAGAGAUCAGGGAAUUCGUCAAGUUAAAAACAACAGAAAAUCAUUAAGCUUUCAGGCCCAAAAAGUGUUCGCGGUCGCUUACUACGAGAGGUUGUCGUUUACUAGAGGUUCCAACUGUAAGGCUUUGAGUGGGAAAGUUUUGGUGUUUUGGAUUGGCGGUCGCUUAUGGGAAGUGGUCGCUUAGGAGAGGUUCUCGCACACGGAGGGUCGACUGUACCAAGAAACAGAAAACAAAACAAAAUUGAAUUAAGCGUGAUAUAAAACCUCAAUAUAUGAUAACUCAAACAACAGCAGUGUAGAUCAGUUAAAGGGGACUCUUGCCAAUCUUCGAAAUGUAAGAUGGCGGCCAUGCACCACCAUCUUUGCUGCAAAAUUAAGAGGAAUAACAUCACAGAGAUUCGUUUCCAGAAUAUCAUUACUAAUGAUCAAUGCUGUUGUUAGACGGAGGAAAAAAUGAAGAAGCGGUACAAGGAAGCCAAGCACAACUGGAAACACGUGAAAAGUGGAAUAAAAUCUCAGCUAGCUGACGUCAAAGGUGGAUUAGUAGACAAACUUAAAGGAAAGGUAACCAUCCCGAAAUGAUCGAAGAUUUUAUUUACUUCUCCUUAUAUUCAAUUGAAAUUGUUCGUAGAAAGAAAAUAUAUAAAUGCUGAAACGUUCAAAAUUGUAUUAUAGAGAAUUAUUCUUCAACACCAAAAGCAAUUUCUUGAAAGUUCGCGGAGAACCCAGAACCCAUCCGGCCCCUUCGAAUUCCCCUUCCUAAUCUCUGCAUAACUUGAAAGAAAUUGUUAGUGUUAUAGAGUAUUAUUGUCCACAAUAUAAUCUCCCAACAGCUAAAUCUUCAUUCUGUCGUUCAAAAUUGUGUUUACAAGGUCAAAUAGCUAUACAGUUAUUAUUGCUUACUGGAAAUACGCGAGUUUAUUCUCCUCUGAAGUAAUCAUGUUAGUAUUAUUUUACUAUUAUAUUAUUUAAGGCGGAAAUGUUUUUUAACAAUUGUAUGUCUGUGUUUCUGCGUGUGUUUGUGUGUUUGUUUGUUUUUUUUUAGGAAGAUGACGAUUCUGGCGGGGAGCAAAAAAGAGCCCAUACAAACCCGGAGGCAGUCAAACCUUUCUCAGUUCGCAAACUUUCUCCAUUUAACAAACGAAGAACUAUUUCGCCUGGCGAGGUACUAGUGAUUUCCUGCAUGAGAUUGAUUAACUUUCGUGCAACAAAAGAAGCAUUAUUUUCACUACUUGAAAUGUGAGAACGAAAUUCCGAUAAUUUUAACACUAUUUGGAAAUUUCAGCUAUCUGAACUGAGGUGUUAAGACAAUCUGAGAAGACAUGAUACACCCAUAGCAGUACAUUUUGAAACGCCUUAAUUUUCUACCUUUAUCGUCGUCAUCAUCAUGUCUCAUCGUGCCAAUAGGCGCAUAAGGCCUCAAUUUUCUACCUUAGUUUCCUUUCAUGGUUUACUUUAUACAAGUCCACGCUAAAGUGAUACUCUGAAUGUCCUGUGAAGUGAGCCAGGAAGGAAAUCCGAGCGGUAAAGAAGUUGAAAAGUUGCCGCGGCUUUUGAAAUUGUUGAGUCUGAAUUGUUUAAAGGGGUUUUAAGGUUUAAACUUAACGUUACACAACGAACGCUAUUCAACUUCCUUUUGUAACAACAUGAGACGUAGGCUCGAUUUCCACAGCUCUGUCCGGUGUCUGUCUGUUCCUCCCAAGAGAGAGAGAGAAAAAGAGAGUAGUGCGGGCUCGUUUUUCAGAAAAGCAGCUGGUAAUCGAACUUAUAUAUAUCUUCAUAUAUACAAGGUGUCCCCUUGGCACCAGACUGAUAUCAAACGGUUCAGAAAACUCAAGUUUUAUAGGAAAUACACCGAAUAAGACGUACACUGUCAGUAUCCAGUGUUACGGGAAAAAACUUCACCAUUACUUCGUUUUCUUUUAGUUUGAAAGAGUCAAAAUCGAACCAGGCUCAAAAGUUGCUCCGCCCAGGCCCCCUCCUCCCCGGCCAUUUCCAUACGCAUCAGACAGGCGCCCUCGAACGUCAGCCUUAUCGAAAGCGGAAGGCAGGUCCUCUCCAAAGAUGAUUACAAGACGUAGUGUUCCCAAUCUCGUGGCAAAUGUGGCAGUUGGCGAACUUAUCUCGUUAGACGACUCUACAAACUCUUCAGAUGUUAAUGCAGACAGUGUUCUGUGUGCAACGGACCCUAAGGUACAUCACCAACCAUCCAUUAUUCAUAAACUGUCGUUAAACCUUUCCAUAUUAUACACCUAAAUAAUACGGACACCUCUCACUCUAUGAUGGACAGACAGUUCUUGUCGUCCCAAAGACACCAAAAGCCUGAAACCAAUACAGACAGACAGACGCUCAUGUAAUACGGACAAUUUUCUUUCUCCCUUUUGUAUCCGUAUUAAAGGUUUGACUGUAACUGGGCCUGAAAAACGGACUAAAGUGCGCGAGGACGGGGACUUCUUCACAUACAGAUUAGCGUUUCGUUGAUAAAAUUGGAUAGAAAACAUUCGUCGUAUUCCAAAAAUGUUUGUUGUGCCACUCAUUGAAAUGACAAGGGCGUUAUUCAGAGACAGGCAAUAGGUAACUUAUUACAUAAAUCCUACAGCGAUAAGUUAUCGUAACCCGUUAAAUGAGAAGCAUCCUAUUUGUUUUAUUAUUAUUAUUAUUAUUAUUAUUAUGUCGCAGUAUGAAACUUUGGAAUGCUGUCCACAUUAUGAGUAGUAUAGGGCGCAUAGCGUAACCUAUACCACUUGAGGAGCUAUACUUAGAAGUAAAAAAAGGUCGAUACGAAACCUAAUACGAUCCUAAAAUACAUAGUGAUAUGAAUCUCUCUACUUAAAAAGCCAAUUUAGAAUAUUAUUAAAUUCUGAUACUCUGUAAAACCUUCGCUAUCUCUACAAAAACUUAUUUAUAAUAAUAUCAAACUCUAAUGUUCUAAAAAAUCUAAGUAAAAACGUCAGCAAGCUUGUGUUUCUAGAUUUCUAGAGAAAAAACAAAAACCUAAAAACUGAAGUCCAUAGCGCCCUAACUAAGUAUUUAUCUUAAAUGUUCUGGCAAUGUUUAAAGUGUUUGAGAUGACCGACUUCUGCAUCCGCUCAAGUACGCUCCGUGCUCUCGCUCCAAGUAGCUUCCUCACCGACUUCUCUAGGUGUUUAGAGUAACCCCCCAGUACGUCAAUUAUUACGUUGUACUGUUCAACCCUGUAACCAUUGUAUCUCUGCUUCAGCUCCCACAUCAUGGGCCCAUACUUGAGUGUCUUUUCCUCAUCUUUCUUAGCUCUACUCUCAAUCCAUGGGCAGCUCAUUUCAAUUGUGCAGACUUCUUUCCUCUCGUGGCUGACAAGUCGCGCGUCGAUCCGAUUUGCUCUAACUUCGUUGUGCUCUGCAUAGAUGGGAAUAUCCCAAAACGCCUCACUCGUGGUGUUCUGGUAGGCUGGUUUUGGCAUCACCGGUGAGUACCAUGGUGGAACCUCUUCUAUUAACCCAUGCUCUCGCAGGAGCUCAAAAAACAGAAUCUUCAAAGCUGCAUUAUGCCUGUAUAGGUACUUGGUUUGUGCCAGGGAGGAACAUCCAGCCAAUACAUGUGCAACGCUCUCAGCUACCUUCCCACAUAACCUGCAUAGAACUUCGCCGUCGGUGGAGGUUUGCGUCUUCUCCUUUGUGUAGAGCUUCGUAGGUAACAACUGCUCAUACAAUUCAUACAUGCCCGCGAUGGUAUAUGUAGGGCAUGUAGCCCAACCUUUUAACCAUGCAAAGCAGCUGGUUAUGCUUAGGCUCUCAUCUUCCCAUCUGAUACGGAAUAACUUUCCUUGCCACUUUUUGUGUUUAGCGAUCUCCAAAAACUGCUUCUCUUGAGAUUGCUUCAACAGAUUCCCAGCUCUUGCUGCAGUCACCACCUUUCCUUCUGUUGUAAUACACACGGGAUUUAGGGUAUCAAGCUGAAGUGUGAUGUUGAGUUCUUCAGCGUACUUAGCUGCUUCCUUUACGAGCGACUGGUGGCCUGAUGCCAUGUCGUGUUCUUCAAAUUCUCUAACUGCUUCCACAGUCUGGUCCGGGUUCUGAUACAAUUUCAGUAGCGAUUUGAUUUUAGUGAUCUUGUACUCGUGUUCGACUGAUCCGAGGCCUCUACCCCCUUCCUCCCUCGGUAGAUAUAACAAAGAAGUCAGGCUAGCUGGGUGCUUGCCACCGUUCGCAACUAUAAUCUUCCGAGCUGCUCUGUCCACAUCUCUUAACUCUGAUAGAGGCCAAUGCUGUGUCCACAUUAAGUACCGCAGAACCGGGAGUGCAUACUGAUUAGUUGCCUGCACACGGUUACAAUCAGACAGGGGUCUGGACCAUAUAAUAGAUAUCCUGCGUAGAUACUCUUUAGCCGCACAAGCUAGGGCCAGCCGUUCAUCCUGUCGAGCGUUCUCUAGCACGCCCAGGAAUUCGUAGUGAUUUCCUUCCCCAAGAGCCGUGAUGGUAGUUGUCUCGUCCAUCCUCAUACCAGACUCGUCUAGCAUUUGGGCUCCCCUCUUCACGUGUACCACUGAGCACUUUUUCUGAUUCCAGUGGAGGCCGAUCCGGUGUCCUGCAUCGCUCCUCUAGUCUCUUUCAGCAUUCGGUUCAGCUUGCUCUCGGAGGCAGCAAAAACCUUGACGUCGACGAUAUACAGGAGAUCGGUGACUUUGACUCCUAUAGGCUUGGAUAACCGGUAUCCCUCUGUUGCCCGCAGGUGCCACGCUACAGGGUUCAGGCACAGUGUAAACAGUCUAGGACACAAAGCGUCCCCCUGGGGUAGUCCCUUCAUGAACCCUAUUUGUCUAGAAGUCUCUCGCCCUUGCCUUGUUGUAGCUACUACUUCAGUAUUCCAGCUCGCACACAACUUGCGUAUAACUUCACCCAGCCAGACGGGAAGCCUGUGUACGUCAGUCAUUGCGCAUAACCAAUCAUGAUGGACGGAGUCGUAGGCUUUGCGCACGUCAAUCCAUGCCAUACUUAAGUUCCUUUUGCCUCUGUGAAAAUCCAGCAUUACUGCUCUAUCUAUUAGCAAGUUAUCCAUCGUACCGCAACACCCUGAUUUCGCUCCUCUUUGCUGGCCUUCCAUCAGGCCAUAAUGUUCAAGGUGUUGGUCCAUGGGUGCCAGGAGGCAAGAUUUAAACCACUUAUACAUGUUAUUCAGACAAGUAAUAGGUCUUUGAUUUUCACUGAGGAACUCGCCUUCUUUCGGAAUGAGGGAGGUUUUCCCUUCAGAAAACCACUCGGGGUAAUCUUCGUCGCUCUUAGAAACUUCUUUGAAGCUCUCGACCACACCCUCGUGCAGGGUGCUAGCACGUUUCCACCAAAAGUUAGUGAUUUUAUCAGGCCCUGGCGCACUCCAGUUGCGCUUCUUGGACAGGACUUUGACCGCUUCCGCUACUUCGAGAGCCAAUUGGUCGCCUGUCGGUGGCGGUACUUUCUCGUGGAUCGCGAGCUUUACUUCCUGCGUUCUUAUUCCCAGUCCCUCUCUCUUCCCACAGCUUUCUCCAAAACCCGCUCGCUUCUUCAAUGUUUUCAAACAUUCGUAAAUCAUCUCGAGCACGUUUUCCAGGAUCUUUAUAUCUUGGCCGCUCGUUCUCUGGGUCCCUCUUCAACAUCUCACUCAAAUUCGCAAACACUCUUCCAGGGACCGUGUUAAACUGUUGGUUAAUCACACGCGAGACCUCUUGUUUCUUUUUCCUGUCAAACCCACGUUUUAACUUUCGGAGCUCCGACUUUUUUUUCUCCAUGUAGCUAAUCAAACGUGCCACAGAGAUGGUUUUGCAUUCUUUUUGGAGGUGAGACCUAUUUUUCCUUCCUUUUCUCGUGAUCUUUCUAUUUCCUUUCAACCUUUCGAUUUCCGCUCUCGCGAUUGACAGUUGUUUUCUGAUCUUCGCCGCCUCCUGGUCGUAAAUUUUUUUAAGCUUUUCCUUUCUGUCCUGCGGUUUGUCUCUCUUUAUUGGCCCUUGUUUUUUCCAUCCUUUCAUCAACAAAAACGCGCAAACCACCGAGUAAAGAGCGCAAUUAGCUAACCACAGAAAACCAAACGGGUUCUGCGUUGGUGUUACCUCGUAGCGCUCCAUUAAUAAGUUAAUCGCUUGGUUGAUUUCUUCCAAGUCUUUUGUUGAUGGUGUUUCUUUUUUCCUGGUGUCAAUGUCACGUUGUGAAUAGUCUCCAGGGUGGGUGCUAAUUGUUUCCAUUAUCCUGUUUGCUGGCUCUAAAAUGCUACACCUUUCUUGAUCACCGUUGUUAAGUUGUUGUUCUUGGGUCAAGGUGGUAUGCAAAUCCGGAUCUGAGAAAAGAUCACCAUUGUUACGCUGUUGAUUUUGGGUCAGGGUUGUAUGCAAAUUCGGUUCUUCUUGAUCAGCAUUUUUUGCUAUUUGGCGUCCGUUGUUUAAGGCCCCCUCUGCGUUAUCUCCACCUCUCUUCGCUUUUAUUCCGUUAGUGAUAGUACUAAUAAGGCUGCCUAGGGAUUUUUCAAGUCGAGCGGCUUGGUCUCGUAAAUUCUGCUUUGUAAACCCCAUAUCUUCGUGCCCCAUUUGAUCCCAUAGUUCUUUCAUAAGUUCCAUAUACCCCUUUCGUCUUCCAUUAUCCUUAACUGGCGGAUUCUCCGAUUUUGCGAGUAAUAGCGCUUGCCGCUUGCACUCCAACAGGUCGCUGUUCAUUUGUUCCGACCAUCUUAUCCCUCCUGCUCUCGCAUUCCUCCCGUUUAGCGAUUGCUCUUCAAAAUCCGCCAUAGUUUCGGUUUAGCGUACUUCACUUUCAACUUCUAAUAGUAGAAAUCCGCCCUCAGUCGUCUCCUUGUUAGAUAAACAAGAUGCAAAGUACUCAGAAGAACUUAAGAAUAUGCCUAGACGCUUCGAGCUUGGUUUGCUUUCGUUUGGGCAAGGCUAUGAAAUAGAAUUAUGGAGCUACCUCAAAGCACAACCUCCCUACUUGCCGCCAUGAUUAAAUUAUUAUUAUUAUUAUUAUUAUUAUUAUUAUUAUUAUUAUUAUUAUUAUUAUUUAUUUAUUUAUUUACACUUCAAAGUUGAUCACCUUUUCACUUUAUUAACCUUUGUUGCUUUGUUUAACAGUCAAAUGAACCUGAUGUAGAUCUCAAACAAGUUGAUCGAACUGCAACAAGCGAUGAUUCAAGCGAAGUGUUCACCCCUUCUGGAACUAUAAACAACCAGGAACCUGACUUUACUUUACGGCGAUCAGGUUCCGACAGGCGAACAUCAGAAGGAAGCGAGGUAUCUCUAGAAAGGAGCAAAUCUUCGCCAUCCAGACCUAAACCGCCUGUUCCUAAGAGACCAGCUUCUGUUAAAAAGAAAUCUCUUGGUUCAGUGGACGCGUUAUUAGAAACAGGUUCACCAAAGGAUGACACCAUAUCCCCGCUAAGGCCAGUUUCGUUGUCUUUAUUACGGGACACAGUGGUCUCACUGCCACCUGACGCUCAAGAAUUUUUGUUUACUGAAUCCGAGAUAAACUCGUUUAAUCUCAGUGCGGGUGAUGCUAAAACGAAUUUGAAUUCUGCGAUAAUUACAAAGGAGUCUGAACUUCUGGAAAGAUCCGUUACUUCUCAAAAUCAUCUUGGCGCAGUGGAUUUAUCCAGACUUGAAAUAAGAAGAGAUAGCGGUCCAUACGACAAUUUCCCGAGGAUAAUUCCGGCUCAGGAGUCUUCAGAUAACCUAGAGAUAAUCCGGGAGGAAAAAGCAAGCGAUAAACAAAGCCAAGUGUGUAACGCACAGCAAAGCUGGGUUAGCUUUGAUUAGUGAUUAUUCUUUUAGUAUUAUUAGGGAGCUUAAGCAACGACGACAGCGACGGCAACGAAAAGGGCAAAAAAAAACGCAAUAGGUUUUAUUGGCAAAACAUCAAAAUUUGCACGUGCAUCACGCUUUUUGUGUACAUUUCUUAGCCGUCGUUGCACGACCACAAUGGAAGGGUUUGUUCGAUUGACCUUAUUCCGUGACGGGAAUACCUGGAGGAAAAAUACGGAAUAAGUGGAAUAUAUUUCAAAUGAUCUGCUUCGUGGAGCAAAUUGCUUGGAAUAAAACGAAAUAAUCACGCCAUUUUUCUCGCGUCGCUGUCGGCUUCACAACAACAAAGAAUGUAUUCCCAAAAUAAGGUUAAUCGAAAGCAUCACUUUUUCGUAACAAGCUAACAUGAAAAUGUUCAUUAAUUAGUUUCAAUCCCUCUGUUGAUAAGUAAAUUAUAAACAGUUUUGUUUCCUCCGUCAUUCAUAUGUCCGGAAUCCGAGAAGUUUUUGCUUGUAGAAUCCAGACCUCAAGGGAUCCGUAAUGCCGCUCAAGAUUGGAAUUCUGACUCGAAGUUACUCUUACAAGGAAAUCCGGAGUCCAUAGCUUGAAUCCAUAAUCCAAGACUGUCUCGGAUUACCUUAUUAUAUGGGGCAAAAUGAACGAACCUAUGGUCCAAGAAUACGUUCCCAUCGUAAACACUGUUAAAACUAAGACAAAAACAGAAUAAUAAAUAAUUGUACAGGCGUCAACGCUCGUAAGCUAUUAAACCACGACGAGUUUACUAAUUUUAUAACUACCGAGCGUUGUUUUUGAAUGAAUAGUAAACUUGGUCAAAUCCUGUUGACUGUACGAG